AUGACCAAAGAGCAUAUUGGUGUCGGAUGGAGGAAGUCCGGUUUACACCCUUUUAAUCCCAAUGUUGUCUAUCGAAUGCUUUCCACUCCCGAUAAAACACCUACCCGUCCGCUUCUUCGGUCUCAAUCCUCAGCAUCUAUCACAUCCGAGAAUGACGAACUCCUCCGGAACAGUCCAGCUAUCAAUGCAACACCAAUAAAAAAGCGACUUAUAGACGUGACUGCCUUCCUUGAGAGCGAACGGUCGGAACUUACAAGGGCAGAGAUGGAGAUACAGGAGUUGUGCACUCUUCUCAAGCCUCCAAAGCGACAGAAAGCAGCUGCUACAGUUUCGAAUAUUGGAACACAUAAUUUUACAGGUGGGACGGUACUUGAAAGGCUACGGGAGAUUGAGGCGGCAGCAGAGAAGAGAAAACAGAAGAAAAAAGGGGGAGGAGAGGGAAGGAAGGAUCGCACGGAAGGGGAUGGUCCGGAAGCGACUACCUCGGUGACAGGGGGUGCUGCAGGGAUGUUAGAGGUACCGGAAGGUAGCCAGGGGUCGAGUACUGUUCGCCGCAUUAUCUUACGGGUGUAG